GGAAACCAACCAGCCGCAUUGUUGUCAUUGACUGAUUGAGCUGUGUGAUCGAGUUUUCCGCGAAAAUCCCUAUCAAGAUAUCCAUCAUUUGCAAUAUUAUAGGGUUUUUUUUUCAAGUGAAGUUCAUCAUUCUGUUAGCAAAUAUUACAGAUCGUCAUUUCCGAGAUGACUUCAGAAUAUGGCAAAGAGAAUUCUUCUCAAGCCCACAUGCCAUCGAAGGCACACAUGACACCUGUUAGUGUACCAAGGGCCAACGCGGGACCAAAGAGGAUCCUUAAGCCAAAUGGCUCAAACGUUGCUUCUCUGAACAGAGGUACAACAGCCCAGGCCAGAACACAGCCUGUCAAACCAGCUGAGAGUGGACAUGGGCAAACCAGAAAACAAGAUGAAAACCCCAAUGAACAGAAGAAAUCAUGGAAGUUGAAAGACUUCGAUAUUGGUCGUCCGUUGGGCAAGGGCAAGUUUGGGAGUGUUUACCUGGCACGUGAGAAACAGACCAAGUAUAUCGUGGCCCUCAAGGUGCUCUUUAAGUCUCAGCUUCAGAAGGCUCAAGUGGAGCAUCAGUUGAGGAGAGAGAUUGAAAUCCAGUCUCAUCUUAGGCAUCCCAAUAUUCUCAGGCUCUUUGGUUAUUUCUAUGAUGACAGUAGAGUAUACUUAAUUUUAGAAUAUGCUCCUCGUGGAGAACUUUACAAGCAAUUGCAGAAAGUAGGGAGAUUUGAUGAGCAAAGAACAGCAACUUAUAUCCGUGAGCUAGCCGAUGCCCUAAAUUACUGCCAUUCCAAGAAAGUCAUCCACCGUGACAUCAAACCAGAGAAUCUUCUUUUAGGUCUUCUCGGUGAUCUUAAGAUCGCUGACUUUGGUUGGUCUGUUCAUGCUCCUUCAUCAAGGCGAAACACCCUAUGUGGCACGAUGGACUACCUCCCUCCUGAGAUGAUCGAGGGACGCAUGCAUGACGACAAGGUAGACCUAUGGAGUUUAGGUGUACUCUGCUAUGAAUUCUUAGUCGGAAAGCCUCCUUUUGAAGCAGAGGGUGCUAAUGAGACUUACCGUAGAAUCACAAGGGUUCAGUAUCAGUUCCCAAAUUAUGUAACCGCCGGUGCCAGAGAUCUCAUCAAAAAGUUACUCCAACAUAACCCCGCCCACAGACUACCACUAGAACAGGUGCUUACCCACCCCUGGAUUGUAGAGAAUUCUAAGAAGAAGCCUUCAGCAUCCUCCUCAGAAUCACAAUCAUGAUAGACUCAUAUCCCUACAGAGAUAUAUAUUCUUUAUACUUUGGUCCAGAUGACCCAUCCAUGCCUUACAGUCAUCUAGUACUGUACCGUCAAAGCUGGUACUCACUUAUGUGUUUACUUUCGAGCGGAUGACAGGAUGAGAUAUUUCCCUCCUGUUACUUAUUGAAAGGAGGAUCGGGGAGCAUCACUUGAAAUAAUACAUGUGGACGUUGAUGAUGAUGAUUACAAUGUGAGCGUGGUCAAUGAUGUCUAUGGUGUUUGUACAGCGGGAUGACUGCGAGGAUGAUAAUUGUCCCUGUUCUCUUUAUCGAUUUUUGUUUUCUAGUUGUGAUGAGUUAGAUCAUGGUGAUCUUCAACAAUCGGGAUGAUUAUGUGACUGUAACAAUAUCUACUGAUAAUCAUUCUUUCAAACGUAAAAUGACUAUGUGGUUACAAGAAUCAGAAUUUUUUUUUUGUACUGUUCUGUUACUAAUCGUCCUUUAUAACAUGUUCAUUUUUUUUUUCUUUGGUUGUCAGUUGGGCAACUUAUAGUAUAUCAUGAGUUGCCAGGUUGGCAACCGUAGAAAAGAGUGAGAGCCUUGUAAUGAGUAUCAAUCCUAGAGCAUUGGUUUACAAAGAGUGCUCUUAAAUUUCCUCUUGCACUUAGUGCACAAUACAUCACUGCAUUGGUCAGAAAGUAGUCAAAUGACAUGCACUACUUGUCGUCAUCAAUGCAAUUGUGAGCUUUAGUGUUCAUGAAUUACAAUAUGUCACACGCUCCGUGAAACACCUCCCAAGUUUUCCUUGUGUUUCAUUUUUGUUCAAAAUAAGUAUAAUUUUCUGGUACUGCAUUCGGGAUGAUUUUUAUCAGUUUACUAAUAGUGAGCUUGCUCAUAUAGUAAUUUUUUUUUCUUAACUUUUAUUAAUUGAUGAUUUUUUUUAAAAUAAUGUGGACUAAUUCACUCCUUGCUCAUGUUUUGGCAUUAAUUUAGACUUAGUUGCAGCAACAGUAUGAUGUAUAGACAUUGUAUUAUCAAUAUCAGAUAGAAAUAUUUUCCGAAUGGUAUACCUAUAGCUAAGCAAACCAUGAUAUAGCCAUGGCAUAAAUUAUAAUGUUUCUUGGUAUUUGGGUUUUCGGGGUAUUGUAUUUUUUUUACAGAUUGCCAAAAACGCAAACAUUAAGUUUGGAGGGAGCAUUACUUACUUUGCCAACAAUACUUGCUUCAGUUUGCAAGAUAUGCCCUAUCCUCUCUGUCUUUUUCUUUAUUGAAUUAUUGCACUAUCUAGUAAAUAUGAAAUUGAAAGUCCAAAUCAAAUUCAUUAUAAUUGAUAGAAGUACAUAGAUAAGUAACUUUUUUAUCAUGCUGGUUGUAGUUUAUUUUUGUUAUGGCAAGUAAUUUUAUGUUUUUCUUUUUUUUUAUUUUCCUGCCAAAGUUAGCAGUAUAUUGUUGUACAUGUAUUUACUAUGCACUAUAUAGACUUAUUUUCUGAUGGAGUAAUGAUUGUCCUUUCCUUAACAAAGUAUGGACCUUUUGUUUUAUGUGGUGUCAUUUACAAUCGUAAGAUUUUCAGUAUUUGUGAUUGACAUGAAGCCUUGCGAGUGAUUUCACCUAAUACAAUGCAACAUACAAAUGUUUAUAAGGAACUUACAAUUUGUUAGAUUCCAUUAUUUGGCAUGAAACAGCAAUCUUUGGCAGUAGUAUGUACUAUACUGUUCAAUCUACUAGCCCAACAGUUGGAAGUCUUCCAGCUACCCAUUGUUAACUCCAUUUUCCUGACAUGUCAAGUAUUUGGGUUAACUAAAUUCGUUGAAAAAAAAAUACUGACUUGUUCUUUACAUGUCGGUUUUAAGGGUGCAUCAUUAUUUUCGAAACCAUGUUUCUAGCGUAAUGUAAAUUAUACAUGUGAAUACUGAUAUGGUAAAAAAAAGUGCAGUCACAGGGUUUUUUUUUUAAAGACUUAUGAAGAGUGAAAGCAGGUUUGAGACAAGGUUUGUAGGUUACGUGAGAGCAAAAAUAUGUUUGGAAGAAAAAAAAAUACAUCAAAAAGACACUCCCCUGUAAAACCUUUAAGACUCUAAUUUCAAAUGGUGGUCUAAAAUGUACUUCUCCAGAGAAUGUUGCCCCCAUGACCAGAUGUUGUCAUCUAAUUGAACUUACCCACAUUGGUGGCCACAAUUGUGGUAAAUCAACCUUAUUGGAUUUUAUUAAAGCGAACAGACACCCACCUUGAUCUGCCUUUCUCAUUUUCUUUCAUGAAAGGUACUGAAAUCUGUAACUUUAUGUUGUCCAUUCCUAGUUUGUGCAUUUCACAACACAUCUGCAUUAAGCUUCACCCUUCUUGAGUCACUUCUUAAUGUAAAUCUUUUGAGAUUGGUCGACCACACCAGUUCAACAUGAUGCAUUAUGUGCGUUUCUAUUUCAAAGUGAUUACAAACCUCAUUCAAACAGUGCAGUUUUCCUGAAAUCACUCUUGUAGGUCUAUUGAUCAAUCCUUAUUUUUCCCUAGGCUUGGAAUUCUUCAUCCAGUUCAAUAUUUCUUAAUUUUGAUGCAUGCUUUCGGUAGAAGUAAGUUGGUUGAUCCAUAAGGACUCUCAUGAUAAUGAACUGCACAAAUAGAAAAGGAUGAAUGUUUUCACUCAUUAUUUCACGUACUGUUUGUAGCCCUAGUUGAAUAAAAAAAAUCACAUUUGUAUUCAUGUUGACAUCUUUGCGUAAGUUCAGUUUUCAGUUGGAAGAAUCACACCAAAUAUAUUGGCAAUGUGUGUUGGCCUACUUGUUAUAUGCCUUUUGUGUAUAGUGGAUGUGUAAAUUUGUAAAUAUGUGUCCUUUAUUACAUGUUCAUGGACAUGCAAAUAUGUAAUAUUAAGAGAUGAAAAUAAACGCAGAUAGAGCAUUUUUUUAUACUGCA